GCGGGCGGCGCAAGCGUCAGUGCUCCGCGAGCGACUCCGGCGGCCGCCGCAAGCCAGGCUGCGCCACACGCCCGCGCCGUUGACAGAUGUUGUCGCCUUGCGUUUGUUUACGUGGGAAGGACUGAAAAACCUGUGGGCUCCGCGCGAAGCUGUGUCGUGUGAUAUGUGAAGACUAGCCCGGUGCUGUGUUUAGCGUGCGUUUUCGUUCGUUCACUUUCGUUCUUUUUUUUUUUAUAUAUAUAAUUCGCGUGUCGCGUGUGUUUUGUGGAAUCGUGUGCCCGUGCGUGGACCGUUCUUUCAGUGUACAUGGUGAGGCCACUUCAACGAGCAGGUUUCGGUGAAUGAAAGGUGGAGCCGUGCCGGCGCGUGGCGACGGCGACGGCGUCAGCGGCGUGGCUCAUGUUGCUGCAGCCGACGACGACGACGACGACUUCGACGACGACGACGUGUCCCGACGCCGUGGUGGCGCCCGGCGGCAGCGGCGGCGGUGGGGGCGGCGGCGUGGGCGGCGCGGCCACGGUAGCAGCGGUGGCGGCGGCGGCGGUGGGGGCUGCGGCGGCGGCGCAGGUGCAGGAUUUGCAGCGCGCGCUCAAGAAGGACUGGUCCGUCCACCAGGGCGCUGACGGUCGCCUCUACUAUUGCAAGGAGCGCUCCUCGUCGCCAAGUGCCAACCGGCCUUGGCGGCCCACGCCAAGCGACGCUUCACGCCGCCCAACGCAACGCGACGCGACGCAACGCAACACAGCGUACAACGGCGCACUGCAGCGCGGCGCGGCUCCGCAGGCCGCUACGCUCGAGUGCGCCGACCGCGCGGCGCCGCCGCCGCCUCCGUCGCAACGCCAGCCCACACGCUCUCGCGGCACCGCGGCGUGUGACGGACGCGCCUUCAUCCGAUGCGCCCUUGGUCGGGUUCGGGUUCAUCGUGGCCAAGUUGAUCGUAAGCCCGUUGAUCGUUGCGCGUAG